CCUCCCUCUCUCUUUCUCUCUCAUCUCUUUCAUCCAGUGUACUAUUCUGUCUGGGCUCAUUCACUGUUAACCUCCUACCGUCGAAAUGUCUGGCCCCACUCCAGAAGCUGCUGCCACCCCAGGUGCCCCAGGUGCUCCUGAGUGUGAAGGGGGAACACCAGGUACAGUCCCAAACCUCAGCAGCAACCGGCGGCUCCAACAGACACAGGCUCAAGUGGAGGAAGUGGUUGACAUCAUGCGCGUGAAUGUGGACAAGGUCCUGGACAGGGACCAGAAACUGUCAGAGCUAGACGACCGGGCUGACGCGCUGCAGGCUGGAGCCUCGCAGUUUGAGAGCAGUGCUGCCAAGUUGAAGAACAAGUACUGGUGGAAAAACUGCAAGAUGAUGAUCAUUAUGGGGAUUAUCGGAGUCAUCAUGAUGGGCAUUGUCUUCAUGUACUUCUACUACUGACUUGGCGCAUCUGUGUACAAGGACAUGAGAUAUUAUGCCAGGGGAGCUUUGUGUGACCACGCCUUGUCCCCAACCUCCCCUGUCUUUUCUCCUGAUGCCCGUCAUCCAAACCACAGCACGCAUGUAGUCACGGGCACAGUGCUUCUGCAAACCUUUCUGCUUUCAGUGCGGUGGCAUUCCUGCAUUCCACUUUAUGCUUGUUUUAUCUCACCCAAUGUCUUUCCUUGUGUUUCUUCGCCUUCAUUGUUUUGGCUCUGCCAAUAAACUGUCCCUUUCAGGAUGACGGAUUUAGCCUGGUCUGACUCAAAGGUUCUUAAUGGACAGCAGACAAAAAGUGAAAAAAUAUGUGGGAAAAGGGUAUUCAAAUGGUAUGGAUUAACAGGCAAAGUGUUAAAUAUAUAUAUAUAUAUAUAUAUAUAUAUAUAUAUAUAUAUAUAUAUAUAUAUAUAUAUAUAUAUGUAUGUAUGACCCAGGACUGCCACUUUAUGAGCCUUCAUUUUCUUAUUACAGAGCCACAAAUAGUCACUUAGCUGUGAGAUUCUCUUCACUGUUUUGUCUCUAGCAAGACCCUCAGAUGUACAAAAUUAUUGUAUUCCCAAAGCUUCAGUGAGAAAAAAAAAACUGUUUGAUUCUGUUUUUGAUUCUCUGUGGUUGGUGGUUGUAGCUGGAGGAGAUAUACUCCUAAAUCAGCAAACCUUCUCUGUUUUGGUUAGUGAAUGCAGCCCUGAGAUUGGUGAGCCAUGCAAAUCAAUUUUUUGAAAGCUGUGGGUUACCUUUGUAAAGAUACCUUUAUAAUAACAUAUAUAUGAGAAAAAUAAGGUAAAGACUAGUUAAGAAGUUAAGAAUUUUCAGUGUAUAUUCAUGCUAUUUUUCAUUGAGUAUUUAAUGCCUCUUUUAAAAGCAUAGAACCUAAAUUAUGCAGUUGUUUGUAAUUGCUGAAUUGUUUUAUCUCUAAUGAACUGGUAGUUAAUUUGUAUAAUGAAGGAUAUAGACAGGUUUACAUAAUUCAACAUAUUGUAUUGGUUAAAUAUACUUUUCCUCCAGACUAGAAAUUGUGAAAUUUUGUUCUAGCCCCAAGUCACACAAUAAUAACAAGCAUACUCCACUGAACUGGGGCCUCAUUUAUAAACAGUGAAUAUGCACAAAAAGAGGUAUGAAAUGUAUGUAAGCAAACUCCCAUGAAGAAACUGUGAUUGAAAAAGAAGUACUUGGUGGGAAACUGUGUGAAUAUUUAUGGAACUAUUGACCUAUGCUUAGAUCCAUGCACAACAUUUAUAGGAAAUGGGAAUUGACAACAACCUGGGGUAAAGUAAGGAAUUACAGUAAAAUGUGCAAAAUAAGAGUCCUCAUAAUAGUCCUCGUAAUAGUCCAUGUUAAAAUAUGCAGUUCCAUUAUUACUGUAUAUACGCUACUUAUGAAAAGUACUGAAUGUUACAAUGAAAUUGUAACUCAUGGGUUGGUAACACAUAUGGUUAAUUACAGGAUGCAAACAACUGUAAAACAAUUGCAUAGAUUCACAGAUCUAGAAAAGGCUAGAAUGGAUGUUGUGUGGUCUAUUGCAAAAUGACAUUUUUGGCAUCAUUAGGUACACCAUUUUUGGUGCUUCAUUUGGUCCAUAAUAGGAUGUUGAUUUGUUCAUCAUGCGCUGAUUCUAAUCUAAUAAAUUGUGCUUGACAGCUGUC